CUGGCUAAGCUAAGGUAAACAAGCACAGAAAGAUGUUAGCUGGAGUUGUAGUGUCUGCGUGUCUUGCUGUGGUGCUGCCUCUCAAGACGUUGUCUGCACGCAGGGACUACCAUCACAGGUGUCCCAAGGAUGGGAUCAUCAAUGGGAUCGUGAGCGAACGAAGUGGGAUCAGAUAUGACCGUGCCAUGAGAUUUGUUUGCCGUAAGGGGCUGUUGACCUUCCAAUGUGAAAACAGCGGUUACGUCACCAAACUCAAAGAAUCUUUCGACUUCCGGUGUCCGGCUGACACAGUUCUAGCCGGAGUGAGCAGCCGGUUCGACCGGCUAGCCAGGGAUCGCCAGUUCAGCUUCCGGUGCUGCAAGGUCAGGAGGUCAAGGACGUCUACUUGCAGGAAGUCCGGCUGGUACGGUGCCAGUGACGACAUCAGGCUGCAGGUACCACCCGGGUGGGCCGUUAGUGAACUUAAUAGCCAGUACGUGGGGAGGGGUGGGGGUCGAAGUUGGAGGAUAGAGAUAUGUUAUCUUGCCUGAAGGAGAUUUUAUAGACAACAUAACAUUUCAAACAUGACUGCUAUUUACAAUAUUUUAAAAUUUAUCAAAUUAAAGAAAAAAAUAACUUUGUACAAUUUCGCCUUAACUUUCUAUAAACUUGCAAUUAAAUUAAAUUAUUCAUUUAUCAACA